AUGCUUGAGCGGGCAAAGAGUUUGACUGUACAUCCCGCAGUCACAUACAGUAUCGGCGACCUUGAUACGAUCGAGUUGGAAAAGAACUUAUAUGACUUGGUAUACAGCUCCCUGGCUUUCCACUAUCUCCAGAAUCUGAAGGAGCUCUUUGGACAGGUCUACGAUGGAUUGAAAGCCGGCGGGCAUUUCGUCUUCUCGGUUGAACAUCCCAUCUUCACAGCCCCUAUUAUUGCACCGGCUUGGACUGAAAGUGCUGGUCGAACAGCGGCAUGGGCUGCAGACUAG